UUAUUUCCAUGCAAUCUACUCAAAAAUUUCUGGUUCAUCCCUCUGAAAUUUAGAGACGAUCGUAAGAAUCUAGUUUCGUAUUCUCUGCCGGAAAGCGGAAAUGGCAGCGGUCUCCGUUCACCAGUUUGCUGAGUGCAUCACUUGCCAUGCCUGGAGUCCUGAUAACACAAUGGUUGCAUUCUGUCCAAAUAAUAAUGAAGUUCACAUAUAUAGAUCAUCACAAGACAAGUGGGAGAAGGUGCAUAUCCUCCAGAAGCAUGACCAAAUUGUUUCCGGGAUAGAUUGGAGUGCAAAUUCAAACAGAAUUGUCACUGUUUCUCAUGAUCGGAAUUCAUAUGUCUGGAAUCUAGAAGGACCAGAAUGGGUGCCAACGCUGGUGAUACUUCGGCUAAAUCGUGCUGCACUUUGUGUUCAGUGGAGUCCCAAAGAAAACAAGUUUGCUGUUGGAAGUGGUGCUAAGACUGUUUGUAUCUGCUAUUAUGAGCAAGAAAAUAACUGGUGGGUCAGUAAACUUAUCAGGAAAAGACAUGAUUCCUCUGUCACAAGUGUUGCUUGGCAUCCUAAUAAUAUUCUUCUUGCAACAACAUCCACUGACGGAAAAUGCAGAGUAUUUUCUACUUUUAUCAAAGGAGUUGAUACAAAGGACUCAAAAACAGGCACGUCAACAGAUUCAAAAUUUGGAGAGCAAAUUGUUCAGCUUGAUCUCUCGUAUUCCUGGGCAUUUGGUGUAAAAUGGUCACCAAGUGGCCGUACCUUAGCUUAUGUAGGUCACAAUUCUAUGAUUUACUUUGUUGAUGAUGUUGGUCCUUCUCCUCUGGCUCAAAAUGUUGCGUUCCGUGAUUUGCCUCUUCGUGAUGUCUUAUUUGUUUCUGAAAGGGUUGUAAUAGGUGUGGGAUAUGACUGCAAUCCAAUGGUUUUUGCUGCAGAUGAAACAGGAAUAUGGAGCUUUGUUAGAUUCCUUGGCGAAAGGAAAAUCUCCUCUUCAGGCUCAAAACUUUCACAUUUUUGCAGAAUUCUGGUUACCUCUUUCUGUACUAAAUUUUCGUAUAGUUUGAAUAACAAACAUAUUGUUCUCUGGAACUGUAGUUGUAUUUUGCCUCUUAGGGGAGGAGGGAGCCCUAAGAUAAUGCGCUUUAGCACAUCAGGAUUAGAUGGGAAGUUGGUUAUUUGGGACUUGGAGAACCAAGGAGACCUCUCAAAUUACUUAUGAACAUGGAAAGGCUAAAAUCUUCACCCUCUACAAUUGCAUAUUGACAUAGUAUCAUACACCAUUUGUGUUUUAACUUUAAAUUGGUCAACAGUGUUUUUCAUUGUGAUGUUCUUGCAAUUUAUAUAGCCUGGUAGUAUGGUGGGCAAUUUUCUCAGAACCCUUGAAAGUUGAAUGUAUGUGAUAACUUACCUGUUUUCAUCCAUGUCUAAUUUGCAGAACUAACUUACCCUUA